AGUUGUAUUUGUGGUUAUACCUACCUAUAGAUUAGUGAAGUUAUAACUCCAAAAACCAUCACCAUACCCAAUCCUGGAAAAGUUGUUGCCUGUGAAGGAUGCCUUCAGCUGCGAAUCCUAAGUCCGAAAAGCCGGCCUCUUCGGAGGCCACGGAUAAUUCACCAGUACGACAAGUCUUGACGAUUAUUGAACAUAAAAUCCGUAAUUUGGAGAAAAGAAAGAGCAAGUUGACUUCAUACAGAGACUUACAAAAAUCUGGCAAAGAAUUAAAUGCUGAUCAGAAAAUAGCAGUUGCCAAGUAUGACGAAGUUGCUCAGACAUUAGAGUUUGCCCGAGACCUCUCAAAGCAAAUAACUUCCAUAGCUGUCUCCACUGAAAAGGAAGCUAAAAAACAAGCAAAAAGGGAAACCUGGAUUCGCUAUGCGGCCGACACAAACAAAAUCCGUGAGGUUCUUCUUAUCUUGGAUUGUCUCACACAAAUGGGCAAUGUUGAAGCAAGAGAUGAUUUCCUAAAUGGAACUAAUGGAGCAGCUAAAUUGACUGAGGAGGAUCUUAAAAUUCUUGAUGAUUUGUACCCCGAAGUGACGCCGAAACACGAGGCCAACGAGGAGGGUCAACCCGGAUUCCCAGCCCACACGACGAAAGCGGCCGAACACAUCUACGCCAUCAUCGACGGCAAACCGAAGGAAAUCCUGGGCACCACGUACGCCCACAUCAAAGAGAUCAUCAUGACCGUACACAGCUGCGGCUACUUCGAUAAGGUCGAGGACGACACCGUCGCCGCGGAGGAGGCGGAGGCGGAGGCGCAGGCGCAGGCGGCGGCGGCGGCGGAGCCCGCGGAGGCCGCGCCGCUCGCCUACGCCGCGCCCGCGCCGCACGAGCUGCCCGCGCCGCUCGGCCUGCCCGCGCCCGCCUACCCGCUGCGCCCGCUGCCGCCCAUCACCCUGCAGGAGGUCGAGCACGCCUACUUCGCCCAGCAGUACCCCCAGCAGCGCCCCAUCGCGGAGGUCAUCGGCUCGCAGAACUUCUUCUUCCUGCAGGAGUCCGAGAUCGACAGCCCCGUCGGCACGCCGCAGCCGCCCAUGAUGAACCCGCCGUCGCCGCCGGGGCCCAUCCCCACGCAGACCUUCACCAACCAGCACUACGUGCCGAUGCCGGAGCCGGGCCCGCUGCCGCUGCCGCCGCCGCACUUCCAGGCGCCCUACGUGCCGCUGGCCGCGCCGCUGCCGCCGCCGCCGCCGCCGGCCGCCGCGCCCGAGCCCGCGCCCGAGCCCGCGCCCGAGCCCGAGCCCGCGCCCGAGCCCGACCGCGCCGGCGACGAGUGGCGCGAGGCCCGCAGCCCCGAGCGCGACGACGGCGCCGAGCGCAAGGCGCAGGGCCAGGGCGACGGCCAGAACAGGUUCCGGCGGUACCGCGGCGGCGGCGGCGGCAGGGGCGCCGCCAACGGGUACCGCGGCCGCGGCGGCUACCGGCCGAGCGACGGCUACCAGUACCAGCCGCGCGCCAACAGGGAGCGGCAGUACAACGACAACUACCAGGGCCGGCACAAGGACGGGCGCGCCGGCUCCCACGGCAACGGCGACGCCGGCGAGCACGCGCAGCCCGAGGGCGGCCGGGGCCGCGGCCGGGGCGCGCCGCGCGGCCGCGCCGCCCCGCGCGCGCACUACCCGCGCAGGGACCACGCCGACCACUGAGGCCGCCAUAUAACCUAGCACUUUUCUGUAUCGAGGACUAAAUCGUUCGUGGAAGGCAGAUUUCACCGGCAACAACGCUGUGGUAACAACAGACAGAGAUUAUGGUAUAAACAAAAAAUAAAAAAAAAUAUAUAAAAAAAAAGUAAAAUAAUAAAAGAUGAAACUGAAUAAAAAUAAGUUACUUGAAUUUAGAUGUAUGAUAUAUGCAAUUAUAAUAAGUUACGUAAUUCUAGACUGUACCUAUAGGUUGGUCGCCGCGGUGGCCGAGUGCCGCGCCGCCAGCGCCGGCAGCACACGGCUCGACUAUAACUACCGGGACCUUGAUUCCAAAUCUCAUUGAUCUUUGUACUUUUCAUACAGUUCAUAUUAAUUAAUUACAUGUGUUACGACGUUAUACAUGUUUUUGUUUUCCUGAGCCGAAUUAUUUUGAAGUCGGUGAUUAUGAUAUUGUACGAAAUGUGAUGAUUUGUUAAAGUUUUUUUUUAACAAAUUAGAAAUGGAAAGGUAUAUAAGCACUUGUAUGCUUGUGUAUUUUAUAAGUACUUUUUUUUAAUUAAACCAGUGAUAUAGUUCGGGUUAUCCACGACGACGCACAGAUUUGUCAAAUGUAAUCUUUAAUAACAUGACAUUACGAGUGAAGGCACGCGUCUUCGUGAAUGGUACAAUCUUUAAAUAAAAGAGCGGGUUCAACUACCUAUACAAAUAACUGUAACUGGUGUGUUAAUCUACAUUUGCCUUACAUGCCUACAAUUUUAUUUUAAAUACUCUACAUUGUUCUCAAUAGAGGCUGUGUGCAAGCAAAUUAAAAGUAUUCUGUGAA